AUGACGGCCCCCGAGGCUUGUACCUUUGAUCUAGGAAGCCCAACUAAAAGCCAACCUGAGUCACCCGCACCAACUUCAAGUCCUUCAUUCGAAUUCUCUAAUAACAUGACUGGCACGUCUGAAUCCUUCCCUCCUCCAGUGUCUCAUGUUGUCAGCCUACCUCACUUCCCGUCUGCCGAAAGUAGAUAUUCCAACUCCUCAACUGCGCCCCCUUCAGACUCGAAUAAAUCAAUGACUACUUUAGUAGUAUCCUCUGACAACAAAAUGUCUGAUUAUCAACCGGCAGACCAGAUGAGACCUGGCCCGAGGAUAGAAUAUGAUUCGGAGACAAGGGAUAAACAAUUGAACAUGUUGACCUCUAACAAUGCUGCUACGGAAGCGGAGCUAACUAAAGAUCAAGCCAUCUGCCAUCCGUAUCCUUCGGCAGAAGCAUUAGCUGCCACAGCAAUGGCUGCUUGCUCUAUCGAGCGCAUGGCCUGGAAGUCUGUUCUGUAA